CCGGAAGUAGGUAGCUUGCUAUUAGCUGUUAGCUUUGGUAUUCAUGCCGCGAUUAAUUUAAACGACAAAAUUUAAACAUGUCAUCACAAGCAAUCAGCGUGACAGUCGCUUACGGUUCUACGAAGCACAGCAUCACGGUCACCAGUCAGGAGGAUGGCAAGAGUCCGACUGUCAAAGACUUGUCAGAGAGUCUCACUCAGGUCACCGGAGUUCCUUCGGUCUCGCAGAAGCUCAUCUUCAAGGGGAAGUCGCUGAAGGACAUGGAGCAGACGCUGUCCAGCUACGGGAUUAAAGACGGAUGCAAACUCAUGAUGAUUGGAAAGAGGAACAGUCCCGAGGAGGAAGCCGAGCUGAAGAAGCUGAAAGAUAUUGAAAAAUCAGUGGAGCAGACAGCUAAAAAGCUGGAGAAGGUCGACGGGGAGUUGACUGGACUCAAGAAUGGUUUCCUGGCCAAAGAUCUGCAGGCUGACGCGCUGGGAAAACUGGACCACAGAGUGAAAGUCGCGGCCGAACAGUUCAUGAAGAUCCUGGAGCAGAUCGAUGCUCUGAGCGUCCCAGAGAACUUCAACGACUGUCGCAUAAAGAAAAGCGGCCUCGUGAAGACUGUCCAGGACUUCCUGGCCCAGUGUGACAAGAUGGAGGCUUGCAUAUCAGACCACCUGACAAAGAUCCAGUCUAAAAAUCUAGCCCUGGCGGAUUGAAGACAUCUUAAUACUGUCGUUAUUGCUCUGUGAGCAACUACUGUGCUGUGUGCAGAGAGCACAUCUGUUGUCUGUAUUUAUUGUUAGCGUGCUCGGUCAUUUAGCCCUCAAUGCUUGUAGAUUAUGUCAACAUGACUUUUCAUCAUGGUGUCAUCCCAGCUUUAAGAUUUACGUCAGAUUGCCAUGACAGUGAUACUCAGCGGACAACUGAGUGUGUUUAAUUAAAAGAUUUAAGUGCUCUGAAGCGGUAGUUAACUUAUUUUUACAAUAUGGCAGUCAAAAUUUUAAAACAUCACCUGUAACUUUAAUUAUAAUUUUUAAUGUGGCGAUAGUUUAAGCCUGCUUCAAAAACAAAACAAAGAAAUUAAGUAGUUUUUCUUUAUUUUAGCGUCAUACAGUGUUUGACUUAUAUUUACAUUUAUUUUUUACACAGGUAAAAUACUAUUUAAAAAUCAUCGCCUGUAGAUUUAAUACUUUUAAAGGGUGGCAGUUUGCACCUGGGACAAAUUAAUUCAGUAGUUUUACUUUAUUUUUCUUUUAUAUUACAGUGAUUAACUUGGAGUUCAAAUGCAAUUUUUGAGGUGAAUUUUGUAAAAUGCGUUUAUUAAAACAAGCAAUUAGAAGGCAAUAUUGGAAAAAAAUUAGUUUAUUUAAAAAAAGUAUUUGAGAGGUCUUUGUUUUUUUCAUCGCAAAACUAGACAACUCCAAGAAAAUAAUUUUCUUCAAAAACAGACGAGUAGAACAUUUUCAAAUCACUAUAAAAUAACAAUGAAAUAGUAAUUAGUAGUUUUACUUUUUUAGUUAUGCAGCGAACCCCCGCUAUUUGCAGGGAAUAGGGACUAAGCUCUGCCAUGAAUAGCGAAAAUCAGCAAAGAAUUGAUGCCCUCACCCCUGGGUUUGUAAUUGCUUAUAGAUGCCACAAGAUGUCGGCAAAGCACGAUGGUCUAAAUGAAGCUCCUUGUCGCUCUUCAAUAUAGUCCUUGGCUCCAAGCUGCCACAAGAUGGCAGCAAAAGCAAGCAUUAACUUUUUUUUGUUUUUUGUUUUUUUUACACUGGCAGUUAAAAAAAAUGUGACUGGCUUCAAUUAAGGUUUGGAAAUGGUGACAGCUUGAGCCCGGGACAGUAACGAAUGAAUUCAGUAAUUUAAUUUUACAGUGGUUAACUUAUUUUUGCCAUUGUCAAAAUGUGACCUAAAACAUGGCACGUGUAGUUAAUAAAGGUUUUACAAUGACAACAGUUUGAGCCUGGAACUAUGUAAUUCGUUAGUUUGACUUUAUUUUAGUUCUAUGAUAUGGUGAAGUAAAUAAUUGCUCAGAUAUACUUUUUUAAAUACUCGUAUGACAGUCAAAAUGUGACUUAAAAUGUCACCUUUGGACUGUGGAUUUCAAGGCAGUUUUGAGCCUGGAACCAAAUCAAAUUCAGUAGUUUUGCUUUCAGUUGUGGCAAUAUUCCACCUCUGUGGAGUUGUGUUAAAGUCAAAAGGUGGCUACUUGCCGAUUGUAUCAAGAAGUGCUCAAUAACUAAUAACAAUAAUCAGUCACAGUAACAGUUUUUAUUCAUGUAGUACAUACAUAUGUUGAGGUUUAUACAGAUUCUUAGUGAUGUGCAAAUGAGCAAGAAGCAGCUACAUGACAACCUCGCAGUGGGCUAUACAAAACACACGACAACGGAAAUAUACACAGGAAAAACUCCUCCGGCGGUCGGUUGGUUGCUUGCUAGCUAAUCGUCUUUGUCCUUGGCGCCGUGCUUGAGGAUGCGUGUGAACGCCACGUAGUUGAAGUUGCCCUUCUUGUCGAUGGGCGCCUCCCGGAAGAGCUCGUCCACCUCCUCGUCCGUGAACCUAUCGCCCAUGGUGGUCAGCAGCUCGCGCAGCUGCUCCUCCUGGAUCAGACCUACGCUAGUCACAAGGGACCACGUCAGCCUUGUAAAUGUAACUGACUACAUGUGUUACUAACGACCUUCACAUAGCUGUACUUUCCUUGGUUAUUUUCUGGCAACUUUUACUCCACUAAGUCUCUUCAACAAAAUGUUUACUUUUCCUCAAUAUAUUUUCCCUAACCAUCUCAAAUACUCGUUACUGAAGAAUCUAAUUAAAAAAAAUUGUUUGUUGACGACAUGCCGGCACGCCAAAACACAAAGCGGGAGAAAGUCCUGCCUGCCCAGAGCGAGGCACCCAAUUUAUCCUGAUGUUUUACUGCUCUCAUGGUGUCAAUAA